CGCUACUAUAUAUAAGACACAAGAUUACCGGUUGACACGCGAAGGACAAACACGAAAAUUGCGUUUUGUAAUACGUUUUGUCAUUUUUGAAAAAAAUGUAUGACCAAAUCGAGUAACUAAUAUUUUACAAAAAUGCACUGAAAGUUUAAACGACACAAUUUAGUUGAAAUAAAAUAUUAUUAUUAAGUAAAAUUGUAGAAUCAAAUAUUUUCAUUCCAUAAGUCUGUCUGGCAGCCAUGAAUUUCUGUACGAGGAUAGAAUAUUUUUGGAUUCUCAUAAUUACUGAUAUAGUUUUCUGUUGUUAUUGUACGUACAACGUCGGUGCACGAGGAGGGACAACACCUGCGUGUACCUGCUGAUACACCCCCGGCUGUGCCGUUGGUCGACGUCAAAUAGAACAGUUGCUCACCGUGUCGACACAAAGAAAGAUCUUUCUUGAACCGCUAUACAUCAGCAUUUUUUCAAAUAACGUCAAGUGACAUUUGUGCUCGUGUUACACGGUUCAUUUCGCAAACAAUCUAAACAGCUACCGUAUCUAAAGUACGGUAAACAUGUACGAUACCUGGGAACAAUGUUUACUUGCAAAAUAUUGUGCAAUGCCUCAGCAAGAUUUAUUGUAUCUGCAACACGAUAUUUUCACCGAUGAAAAUUUCGUUGAGAAGGCUUUUAUUUAAAUAAAAUCGCCCGCAACGCAUUGAAAGUCGAGACAAUCGACGCGUCGGUUCUCUUCAAUCCAAAAUUUAAAUUGCGCCCUUACCAUGACGUCGUUUUACGACAGUCGUGAUUAUUACAAAAAAAUGUUGGAACUUCAGGAAAAAUUGCGGAAGAGCGAAGAAGAGAGGAUAAGAUUAGAAGAAAGAUUCAAAGUACUCUUACAAGAGUCUCGUAACAGGCACAAUACAUGUAUAAAUCGACUACGUUUCAGAUACAUGGAAUUUUUAGAGGAACAACGUACGACGGAUGAACGAAAUCAUAAACUUCUAGAAGCACUGGAUAGAGUAGACAAUAGUCUCGCAGUGAUGACAGCAAGAACGGAUAGACUUAACAUUCUUAGAAAACAUUAUGAAGCUUAUCUUCGUCAAAUCUGUGCGACACAUGCAGAUGACACCAAUGAUAUGUCGAGUCAAAAGAGUAAUAAGUACCUGAGAACAGCUGUCAACGAGCGAGGGAAUUCAUUACCUCACGAACCGAAGAAUAUUCCACCGACACAAUCGUUUCGGUCGAAUUAUCAAACGAGUAAACCUGUUUUCUCUUCCCCGUCGAAAACGACAAAACCGAUGCAAAGUACAUACACCACUAAUUAUCCACUAAGUUCAAUAGAGUCGAAAACGAAUCAGCAAACGAAUAACCAUAGUACUUUACAAAUGUACCCAAAAGUUCAACAGCAGCAAUUGUCGUUGCCCAACUUAUCAGACUUCCAACAAAGUCAUCCGUACAAUAAUAACUUGCGUUUUGCUACUCACGACUUUGAAAUCGAUCCAAAGCUGAAAAUUCUACACGCAACGCCAAACCCUCAAAUUAAUUUGUCAAAAGAACGGGCCGUCCAUUUUAAUCCGUUCUCGACUCAACGAACAGUCAGGGCUGUGCCGCAUUUCGCAAUGUCUUCUCGUAUUAAUGAUAAUAAUCCUCUGGACAUGCAAAACCGAACGUCAUCUUUACAGUACCACAUCAGUCCAUCGUAUCGGUUGCAGCAUAGCAACGAAACGCCACUGGACAACUUGCAAACGCGAAUUAAAAGCGAGAAGUUCGUUAGUUUCAAGGAUACACCUAGAAUCGUGGAGUACAGUGUCUCUGAUACACCGUUGUUGAAUCCGUCGUUGAACUUAGACUCGAGUCCUCGUUCAAAUUACUCGGAUUAUUCUUUUAACGAUUCUCUAUACAGUAAGCCUUACGAUUACUAUAAGAACAAGCAACCUGAAUAUUUUGUGCCGAAAUAUUCGAGCGACGUAAACGCGAACCAAAGAAGUACGAGACAAGUCCGCGCGGAAGAAAGCAAUGAUAAUGCAUCGCCAACGUCGGACAAUGAGUUCGACAGGUACAUCGAUAAGAUUCGAAAACUGCAUCACGACUUAGACAAGCAAAGUUUGGAGGAAAAUCGUCAGCUCGACGCGGCGCCAUUGAAUGACACAAGUUCCGCGAAAGACAAACCAGACGAAGAUCUCACGAGGGAAGUGAAAAAGGUCCUGGCUCUAGCGGAGAAUCUAGUGACCAGAACGAUGACCGCGAACGGCGCAAAACACUUGGAAAAAAUGGACGACGAUAAAAAUAGCGAUCUGGAAUUGAUUCCGACUGCGCAAAGCCGCGCGCCAGUUCCCGAAAGAAAUCAUGUUGAAAUGUCGGAUGCGCGCGAAGGACGCGCCGCAUCAAUGGCGCGUGCGGAAGACAGAAUUAGCGAGGAUAUUACGUUACCCCGGCCAGAAUUAGAUUCGCAUGAAAAUAUUGAAAUGCCGAAAAAUCAGCGUGCCGGCUUCAUUGACGGCGCUCACGCCGCGGUAUCUUCGCUCGAGACAGAGAAUGAUGACUCGGUUCGUUCCGCGGAAGGAAAUGGGUAUCGCAUGGCGGAAGAGACGAAACUGGAACAGUAUUUGCUCGGUCCCACCGAAGAACUGGAACCGUGGAAUUUGAGCGACGUCGAGAAACAAAUCAAAGAAAUAGAUUUAAUCGGGGACACUGAAGAGCGAACCACGAUAGAAGAAUUGGUUUCCCAGGAGCCCCCAUUAAUCGAAGAUAAUAUGCAAAUUGAACCAGACAUCGAGGACGUUGCGCACAAUCAACUGGACGAGCAAAAUGUCGGGGAUUAUAUUAAUGCGCAAGAAGUAAUUUUAAAUGAUGCCACUGACGAAAUCAGAAUGGAGGACGUAGAUGAUGCGAUUCCUGCUUCGCAGUAUCAAGGACCGGAGCAGGAAGAUGAACGCUGUUUGAAUACAGAGGAUAUUGUUCAAAAUGUAGAAUCAAGCAAUGUAGAAUCGAGCAAUGAAUUCGACGAACAAAAGGAUUACGAAGGCGAUGAGAAAGAAGAAUCUGAAAUGAAGCCUGUGCUCGAUGGAAACGAAGAUAACGAGCAAAUAAUUGCAACGCUAGAGGAGCAAAAUGAUCAACAUUAUGAGGGGCACGAUCAGGUGCAAGAUUAUGUCCACGCGAAUGAAGCGGAGUAUCCUGGCAUAAACGAGGAAUAUAAUUAUGAUCAGAACGAGUCGUACGGCUAUGAUAAAAAGGAAGAGUACCAGGAAUAUGCUGACCAGGAAUAUCCGCAAGAAUCGAAUGAACAGUACGAAGGUUAUGCGGGCGAGCAAUACGAUCAAUACGUUAACGAUCCUGCGAACAUGUACGAACAGGACCCUAACGCACAAUAUCAGGAGGAAGAGAAUCAGAAAUACUCGUAUCCUUAUAAUGAACAAUACGAUGCUAAUCAGGAGUACGUAACAGAUGGAAAUCAAGAUUACGAGGCUAGCAAACCGGAAGUCCCGGAAGAGCAGGAGUACAAAACGGAACAGGAAGACAAUCAGGAAUAUCUAGAACCUCAAGUAGAAUCAAAAAGUGAUGAAAAAGAGGAUAGCCUGGAGAAAGGUGACGAGGAUCAAAGCGAGAAAGUAGCUUCCAAAAAUGAGCCCAAGAAGAAAAAGGAUGUGAUAAAAUCUCUGCUGGAUUCUGAUACAGAUAGCACCAUCGAACGAAACGUUUCGAACACGGAAAGUGAUUUUGAUUUUAAUUGAAUCGUGAAAACCGGCUGAUACGAUGGUUAUUCAUUUCUGUGUACGAUAUAUGGAUAGCUAUGUAAUCCUUUUAAACAAUUAAAACCGUUAGUUUCCGAGGGUGAUAAUUUUUGAAUGCACAUCUGCAUGAUCCACGACUAGAAGAAAUUAGUGCAAACUGUAAUAUAAUAUUAUUUUAAUGCAAUA